CUGUCUUUCCCAAAAUAAGCCAGUGGGAGAGGGUAAGUCAGGGAGAUUGGAGCAGCGAGGUGCACAGCCCCUGGUUAUAAGUCUUGGGAGUGCUGCUUGGACCCACAGCCUUUAGCUCCAUAUACACUGCCCUGCUGCCUGCCUGACUGCCUGACUGACUUGACUGACUGACUGAGUCUCACUCCACUGUUACUCACUCUCUCUCCCUCUCCUGUCCUGCUCCCUCGCUCCUUCCCUCCUACUUUCCACCCUGGAGAGCGAGAGCGCACAGAUUGGGAAGGUGCUCCUCAGACCUGCGUCUGGACAGCUUGAAGACGGCACAGAGAGGACUUUUUGCUCUCUUCUCACUUUCCUCCUCGAGCUUAAUUUCAACAUCUAUGCCUGAAACCACAUGGAUGGACUUUUUUGUUUUUUGCCUGAGGCAGAAAAUUAAAAGUUAAACAGACAAUUUGCUCCACCUGCUGUUGAAAAUAACCUCCUUUUUUAAACUUUUUGGUUGUUUUCCCCCCUGCCCUUCUGAGCAGAACUGGACCUUUCAGGGAACAAACUCUUUUGGUUGCAUGUUUAUUGAUUAUCUGAUGCCAUCGCAUCCUAUGGGAGACACGCGUGGCUGAAGCAAGGAGGGAGGUAGAAGAGAGACCCACCUGAAGCUUACACCUACCGCUGCCCUAACCCAGUGCUCCCCCCUGCACCUCAACGCUGUGAGGAGAGAAAGUUCUUUGUGUGUGACAUCUGAAGCCCGGGAUGCUGGUGACCAUGCUGUUGGCUCCUGUCUGUGUGCUUCUGAUGCUCGGGGGCCAUGCGCUCGCUGGAGGCUAUCCCCCCAUGGCCCACAUGAAGUACAUGCAGCCCAUGAUGAAAGGGCCCAUCGGACCCCCAUUCAGAGAAGGCAAGGGACAUUAUGUCGAUAUGCCACCCAUGAUGGAAGUGAAGGGGGAACCUGGCCCCCAAGGGAAACCUGGACCAAGAGGCCCUCCUGGGCCAUCAGGACUUCCAGGAAAACCUGGACUGGGCAAACCAGGUCUUAAUGGCCAGCCAGGCCCUCAGGGGCCACCUGGUUUUCCAGGAAUCGGUAAGCCUGGACUUCCAGGUCUCCCGGGAAAGCUUGGCCCAAAGGGGAUGUCAGGGCUUACUGGUGAGGUUGGCCCUCGGGGUGAACCAGGUCCAAGAGGUUUAGCAGGGCAACCUGGCUUCCCCGGCCCAGCUGGCUUGUCUCUGAAUGGGAAACCCGGACUUCCAGGCAUCAGAGGCCCCCCUGGGGCUCAAGGUGAACCAGGAUUAAAGGGUCUUUCAGGUUCACCAGGAGAGCGUGGGUCUAAGGGAGAGAAUGGACAAGGGAAGCCAGGGCCUUCAGGUAUAAGGGGACCUCCUGGGCUUAAAGGCAGUCCAGGACCACCUGGUCUUCCAGGUAUUGGCAAGCCAGGACUGAAAGGUUUGCCUGGACUACCUGGUCUUAAAGGUGAUUUAGGAAACCCAGGGGAAAGAGGAGAACCAGGAGAGCCUGGGGCUUCAGGUCUACAAGGUCUGCCAGGGCCAGUUGGGUUAGGAAAGCCUGGGCUAGAUGGACUGCCUGGAGGACCAGGUCAAGUAGGUCCAAAAGGUGAGGCAGGGCUAAGGGGUUCUCCUGGAUUUCCUGGGACCCCUGGCUAUGGAAAACCUGGUCUAAGUGGGCCAAAAGGAGAAAAGGGCCAUGGUGGAUUACCUGGUUUCCCAGGGGACAAAGGAGAGCCAGGAAUGUUUGGCUCAAUUGGGGAACCAGGCCUUGAUGGACAAACAGGACCACCAGGACUUCAAGGCCCAAUGGGACUCCCUGGAAAACAUGGAAUGCCAGGACAGAAGGGAGAACUGGGGCCUCAGGGCCCUCCUGGACUGCCUGGCCUCAGAGGAGACCAAGGCCCGAGUGGAUCCUUUGGAAAGCCUGGCAUCCCUGGAGAUAAAGGCCUCCCUGGGUCUAUUGGUGCUAUUGGAAAACCUGGACCCAAGGGUGAGUCAGGGCAUAUUGGCCUACCUGGAAAUCCCGGGCUGAUAGGUGCUCCAGGCGCUAAAGGUGAGACAGGGUUUAUAGGGACUCCUGGCCCCAGGGGUCAGUCAGGUAUUCCUGGUCUACAGGGGCCUAUGGGUCCCAUGGGGCCUCAGGGGGUUCCUGGACUUAAAGGCGACUCUGGACUUCCAGGGCCUCCAGGCCUUGGCAAGUUUGGAGAAAAGGGACCAAUAGGUCCCCAGGGUCCUCCGGGGAAACCAGGCACUGCUGGGCUUAAUGGUAACCCUGGCGUUCCUGGUCCUCCAGGGCCCCCUGGUCCUCCAGGAAAUGGUCAAACAGUUGUUGCAGGUCCAACAGAUUCACAGUUAGAAGGGGAUGAGGUACCAGGGGACAGGAAAGGGCCUGCGUACAGUCAAGUCCCCCUCUCGGCCUCUGUGGCACCAGCCUUCACAGCCAUCCUCACCACACCUUUCCCUCCCUCUGCCAUGCCAAUCAAAUUUGACAGGACUCUGUACAAUGGGCAAAAUGCCUACAGCGCUGCUACCGGCAUGUUCACCGCUCCUUUAUCUGGUGUCUACUACUUUGCGUACCACAUGCAUGUGAAGGGAACUAGUCUUUGGGUGGCACUGUACAAGAACAAUGUACCAGCCACUUACACCUAUGAUGAAUACAAGAAGGGCUACAUGGACCAGGCGUCCGGUAGUGCUGUCCUUGAGCUGAAGGAGGGUGACCAGGUAUGGAUCCAGAUGCCCUCGGAUCAGGCAAAUGGCCUCUAUUCCACCGAGUACAUCCAUUCCUCCUUCUCAGGAUUCCUGCUCUGUCCCACAUAACCCUGUCUUUUCAUUCAAACAUGUUCCUGUAUUGGCACCUCAGAGGAGCCCUUAACCUAAAAUACCUGCAGCCAUAACAGAAACACAAAACCCAUAGGAUUUUAUAUAUUAUUGCCAUCAUCUUUAUCCGUCUUACCCUCAGCAACAUCAGCGAAAGAAAAAACAAACUUUGUGAAUGAAUUAUGGAAAGAUUUAAAAGGCAGGGGAAGGAAUUCCCUACUCCGUUCUUUAUUUCAAUGUCCUUCUAACGUGUGUUUUGGGUUGUAUUUUAUGUUGGUGUUUUUUAGCUUAUAUUAUUUUAAUUAUUCUAUUUUCAUAAUUUUAUUGUUAUUAUUUGGUCCUUGUCACCAUUGUUGUUGUUGUUUAUCAGAUUCAGACUAUUAAGUGCCUUACUUUGUAACGUGCUAGUAACAGAACUUCCCAUGUGACUGCACAUCCUGCCCAAAUGCUCUGACAUCACCAGACCCUGGGGGGUGAUUAAAUCCUCCGGCUGCAGUCAUGUCCCCCUUGUGUUCUUAUUUAAACCGUGAAUGGCAAUACUGACAUAAAGAGCAAUGAUACAACAUAGCAAAUAUAGACAAACAAUAGCAAAACAAGGCCUUUUGUGCUUUUAUACCAUUACUUUUCACAUUUCUUCGUUUACCCUGAACGAUUGCUACGUUGAAAUGAUUAAUGGGAUUACAUCUUUGUUUUAAGAGCGAGAUAUAUAUAUUAUGACAAUCAGUUGGCAUAUGUAGGGUGGUUAUUUCUCUGCUUCUUUCUGAUUUCAGUAGUUAACCAUUUAAGAUGACCGUUAUGUUUCUUAUAAUUUAUUCAACUGUCCAGAAAUGCCAUUGAAGAAAUACUACCCGACCUCACAGUAUUAUAAUUAUUCAAUUUAAACUGCCCUAUUACAGAGGAUAAUGCAAGGACAAUUCCCUUUUUUUUAUUUUUAAGACAAUAUGUAUGCAUACAGAUACAUGCCAUAGAAGAGAUACUGGACUAAACUGCAAAUUGAACACAAGUCUAGCUGUGUCUAUGGUCCGUUUCCCGAAUCCCAGAAAUACUGCUUUCUAAUGCUACACUACCUAUUAAUAAAUCAGUACCAAAUUAACAUUUUUGUGAACAAUCUUUACAUAGAUGCUAUGAAAGCCCCUGAUCAUGAAUAUAUUGCAAAAUAUGUGAAUAUUUGCUAAGAAAAACAGGGAUGCAAAUGGAUUACAAAGAAAAUCACCUUUCUUCAAUGCCAGAUUCUAUGUGACCUGUUGCUGAGCAAACAAGAAUCGUUUCUAUUAAUUCCCAAACCAUUCUGCCUAAAAUAACUGAAUUAUGGUUUAGCGUAAUGUAACAUCCGUGGCUUCAAGGACAGGAUGUUUCAGAACCAAAUUAGGUCAAAAAUAUACAGCCGGAAAUGAGAAUAAAUCUGCAUUUGCUCCACGAAUAAGUAAAGGGACUGACUGAGGCCCACAGGUUGUGAAAGACAGGUUGUGUAACAUUUAACUAACCCGUACCAGAUUUCUGGGAGAGGUGGUGGGCCAGAGGUGAGAGUGGUGCAUUUACUCAUUUCUGCUGGAUGAGGCAUUAAAGAUACAUGCUGUGUGUGUAUGUGUGUGCUUAUAUGUUCUAGUAGGUAUACGCUUCUGUCUGUCACUGUGUCAAUAUACGUGUGUGUGUGUGUGUGUGUGUGUGUGUGUGUGUGUGUGUGUAGUUCACAUUGUCCCACUGGCAUUCAGGUCAUAAGCACUCCAGUGAGUGAAUAACAAACUUUGAUGAAUUUAAAAAACCCUACAGUCCUGUUAAUGUUACACCAGUAAUCUGACUUUAAAAUCUUCCGGCCUGUUCUGGGUUUUUAAGAAAACUCAACACACUUUAUUGUUGCCUUUGCAAAGUAUGUAACAAGUUCUGAACUUGCUAGUCUUAAGGAGUGGAUUAUGGGAGACAAAUCGACAUAUUGGGAUAAGAAGAGAACAUUUACUUAACUUAAAUGACUGGUUAACACUGAACACUUUUUACUAUUUUUCAUAUUGGCUCAAUGAUGGUUUGCAAAAGUUUAUAUGAUGUACCAAAUGAUGAACAAAACACAUUCUGGUGUAGAAGAUAUUAUCAAUGGUUGAAGUUACAGAAGAUAAAAAGUAGCUUAUGUUACCGACUCCAUUUCUUUUUACUUAUGCCGCCAAAAUGCCAUCAUUACACUGAAUUUAGGACUACCUUACACCUUGAUGGAGGAAUGUCAGCGUACAGGAGGAUUGUGCCAAAUAUUGAGCUUUGCAAUCAGAAUGAAUGUAUACUGUUUGACUGAUUUUAAAAGUUUCUAUUAAAUCAUCUACCAUGCUCUGUUACUAUACAUAAACAACAUUCUUUUGGGAAAGCAGUGCUAUGAUAAGGCCUAAUCAGUAUUUCAAAUCUAUGUAAUGCAAACAAUGCACCUGCUCUUAUCCAUUCCAUUUAAUGGCAUGAAAACACCUUCUACGUAUCAUCAUUAUUAUGGGAGUCUACAAGACAGUCCAAGGCUCCUUAUGUACUGUAUGUUGCCUUUUUUUUGUCGCCUUCCAUUUUUCGGACAUGGUGAUGUGAGUUACAUGUGGCUAUAACUCUCUGUCCUUAUCUUUUCAGAAACAAUGUCACAUGUUCAAAUCAUAUAACAAGUAGGAUCCAUGUACCGCCUCGAUCACCAUUGACUUUGAAGUGUUUUUUGUUUUCUUUCCAAAAAAAAAAAGAUAUAUAUAUAAAAAAAGAAAGCCUUGCUUCGGUUAUUAAGGGAUAUUUGUUUGUUUUAGUUUCAAUAAAUACAAACGGCCAUUCCCAUUUGCACAUGAAAUUAAUGAAGAUGUAUUUAUACAUUUAUGAUAAUUUAAUAGGGAUGCCAAAACCGACCACCGAAGCCUAGAACGUAUAAAUGGUAUUUAACAGCAUUGACGAGUUAAGAGCAUUUACAACAUGUAGUUAGCAUUCUAGAGUUGUUUGUGAAGGAUUAUUUGUGGACUUUUAUUUUCUAUUUGCGUAAUGUACAAUGUAUCAACCUAUAGGAUUUUUGUCAUACAAGGCUAUUGCGUGCACUCUAUGCAAUAGAAUUUGGGUAUAAAAUGCACUCUUUUUGAUUGAAAAUGUUUGUCUGCUUAUACAAAAUCUACAGUACUUGAUUGUAUUGAUAUCACAUCAAUAAAAACCUUCUUGUA